AUGUCAAGAACCUCCGGAGGAGACAAACUGCUUAACGAGCUUGGCUACAAGCUAGGCCAGACCCUGGGUGAGGGCAGUUAUUCCAAGGUGAGGGUGGCCACCUCAGCCAAGUACAAGGGCCCGCUAGCUAUCAAGGUAGUUGAUCGGCGCCGGGCACCCCCCGACUUUGUACACAAGUUUCUACCACGGGAGCUCUCCAUCCUGAGGGUGAUCCGGCACCCCAAUAUCGUGCGGGUCUUUGAGUUCAUCGAGGUCUGCAAUGGGAAACUCUACAUUGUGAUGGAAGCAGCGUCCACUGAUCUGCUCCAGCUGGUGCAGCGGCUGGGGAAACUACCUUGUGUCCCCGAGGCCCGGGACAUCUUUGGACAGAUCGUGGGUGCUGUGCGCUAUCUUCAUGACCGGAACCUGGUGCACCGGGACCUCAAGUGUGAGAACGUCUUGCUCACCUCUGAUGGCCGCCGGGCAAAGCUCACUGACUUUGGCUUUGGCAAGGAGGCAUGUGGCUACCCAGACCUGAGCACUACCUACUGCGGAUCAGCUGCCUAUGCCUCCCCCGAGGUGCUGCUGGGCAUUCCCUACGACGCCAAGAAGUACGACAUAUGGAGCUUGGGCGUGGUGCUCUAUGUGAUGGUGACUGGCUGCAUGCCCUUUGACGACACCCACAUCCACAGCAUGCCCCGCCGCCAGAAGAAGGGGGUCCUCUACCCUGAUGGUCUUCCUCCUCUGCCUGAGCCCUGCAAAACCCUCAUCGCCCAGCUGCUCCAGUUCAGCCCAGCCUCCCGGCCUGGGGUGGGACAGGUGGCCAAGAACUGCUGGCUUAAAGGGGAUAUCUAA